GAGUCUUUCGCUGAAGCACUGUGUACAUCACUGUAAUACUGCAGCUUUUAAAGGUGGGGCUGAUUUUAAUUACUUUAUAUACUGCCGUACAUUACUCCAUGAUGAUACAAAGUAACUAGUAAUUAUUGUUGCCAAACAAAUGUAGGGGAGUAAAAAGUACAAUAUUGGUUUUCAGUAGUUUGGAAAAAGGUAAAGUACAAGUACCUCAAAAGUGUCCUUCAGUACAACACUUGAGUAAAUGUACAAGUUACAUCCCGCCACUUUAUUUAUCGUAUUUUAUGUUUUAUUUCAUAUUAUUUAAUGUUUUUUAAUGUAAUUUUGUGUUUAUUUAUGAAUUGAUUUUUAUUAUUUUUUAAACAUAUCAGUUCAACAGGCUUUAUUGGCAUGACAUUCGACAGAUGUUACCAAAUCUAAUCAUAUUCAUUCUCCUAAGUUGUCCACGUGACAGUUACCACAACAAAAGCCUUUCACUUCCCGUCAUACACCGGGUCAAAAAUGAAACUAAACAGAAGAGAACAGCGGGGAAGAUUCCACCUUCACAGAAAAUGACCCUUUGUUAUACAACUGCGACCUGCUGUCAGACGACCAGAGCCGCAAAACUGCGCAGGAAGACGAUUCACUGGAAGAAGAAAAACUUCGAGUUUCUCUUCCACUAAAGUGAAAGUGGAGUUACAGUUGAGCGUCUGUAGGUUUUGAAAUGCGGUGGCAGUGAUUCACCUGCUGAUCCCUCCCGGAUGCGUCGGUACAUGAAGAUAACUGAGGUUAUUACAGCUGACUUCACAUCUGCCGCACAACUCGGCUGACAUCAGACUGUCCACGAUGUCUGAUUUCAAAACCAUCGUUUUCUUUGACCUGGAGACCACUGGAUUAGACACUGCAGUAUGUGACAUCAUCCAGAUGUCGGCCAUCUGUGGAGAGAGGGUCUUUAACGUCUACACCCUCCCCCGCCGCGCCCUCACUGACAGCGCCAGAAAAGUCACAGGGUUCACCGUCCAGUAUGACACCCUGUUUUGCCACGGGGUUCCUGUGGACACCAUCCCCCUUGUUGAAGCUCUCACCUCCUUCAUCGCCUUCCUUCGCUCCUUCCGCCGUCCCGUGCUGCUGGCGGCCCACAGUGCAAGGCGGUUUGAUGCACCUGUGCUCACCAGAGUGCUGCGACAGUUCUCCCUCCGGCAGGAGUUCCAGCAGGUGGUGUCCGGGUUUCUGGAUACCUUCCUGCUAAGCAAGAACGUCUUUCGUGGACUGGGCAGUUAUUCUCAGGAGAACUUGGUCCGCCACUACCUGGGAAAGACCUACAAAGCCCAUGAUGCUUUGGAGGACGCCAGGAUGCUGCAGGAGCUGUUCAACACGUGGAGUCCCGAAAGAUGGGAUGUCCUGAGAUUUAUCUACAGGUCUUCCCUAGAGUUUUAAAAAAGCUGCAGAAAAAAACAAAGAGGAAAACUAUCUGGCCACAAAAAGAAAAUAUUCCAUUUAAAAAUGUGCCUUUUCUUAGCUGUUUUGUUGUUGAACUGACGGGUAAAAUGUCUUGUGAUUGGAGACAAAUAAUGCAUGUCUCACCCCACAACUCACAGAUAUGUAAUGUCUAUUCUGUAUAAUGAUAUUAUUUAGUCUUGUAGCUUUGUUGUCUAAAUGUCUCAUCACAAGUGUUUUGUCUUUCCAGUAAAUUGUAGCACAUUUUUUCCCACAAGAACCAUUAAACUUACAUUUAAUUCUUCUA